GGCCGUUCACUCACAAUAAUUCAGCAGGCGCACUAUGAACCGUUGCUUCUGAUACUUUAUUGCACAAGAGUCGUACACAUUCCGAAAAGACCGACGAUAGACAAAGCUACGGUCAUAGGAAGAAGGAAAUGUCGAGUACCUUGUCAAGUGAGUUGUUUGGCCGUAUUUCGACCUUGUUUCGUACCCUAAGGCAUGAGACUCUGAGGUUGAUUGACAAGGUGAGUGAAGAUGAAAAGGACACUACGCCAUCGGACAAGUCGGUGAUUUGCAUAGACGAUGAAGAGGCUGAAAAUGGCUUUAUAAAGUCUCUCAUAGAGGACAAGGAGGAGCUGAGUAGGUUGCAGAAAGAGCUUGAGGACAGAUAUAAUGCAUAUCGCACAGGUGUCUCAUUAGAGCACCUCUUGAAUGUAGCAAUAUCUCUCCACGAAAACAUGGAGAAUAGAAUUGCAUCUGUACGCUCAAAGAUGCUGGAAAAUGGAAUGGCCGUACCACAAAUGCAAGCAAAAUUCGAUCCUGGAACCACAUCCCAUGCGAAACAAGACUCUACAGGGCUAGAAAAAAAAAACCUGAUAAAGACGGAAAGCUUUUGCGAACCGGCAAUAAAAAUGGGAGAUGUUGGAUAUGCAAAAGUGCCAAGGUCAGAUCCCGUGGAUUUGAAGCACUUGAACCUGUCAGAGGAGACUAGGAAACUACUAGAAUUAGACUAGAAUAAAACUCAUAGAUUAGCAAUUAGACACUGUAUUUGUAAAAUCAUCGGUUAUGUAACCUAAAAUCUCUGUACAAUUCUUAAACUU